AGGUGAAAACUGUAAAUAUAUUUAACCUGUCCAAACAUCGACCAGUGCCAUAAGACGUAGGCUCGCUUCAGUCGGCGGCUCAGUUCCCUCCGUUCCGUUCACGCGUUCACUAUAGUGACAUGUGCUGAUUCUAUCCUUUACACUUGUACUUAUACUCGAGACUAUGUGGAUUUUACUGGCAUGUCUCGUCUCGGCGGUGGUAGCCCUGGAGGACUGCGGGGGCACGUAUCGAGGCUUCCAGUACACGAUCACCAGUCCGAACUACCCGCGGGAGUAUCCGAACGGAUUGGACUGCGUUUAUCGACUGCAGACUGACGAGUUGGCCGAGUGCGAGCAGGUGUUCCAUCUGCAGUUUCUCGAUUUCGACGUAAAGGCCGCCGAGAAUUGCAAGGGGGAUUACCUACUGGUCGGCGAGCGCAAUGUUUUUUGCGGCAGUACUGUCGGCCUCAGGAGGUUCACCGGGAGGAACAAUAGCUUGACCGUUCGUUUCCACACGGAUUUUAAGGAUACGGCUAAGGGAUUCAAGAUACUCGUCACUGCGCUGCCGUGUAGUCUGAAGCUCAGUCCUUUGAAGAGCCACCCGGAGAAAGGAGGCGAAACUCGAGUCAGCGACUACAGGCGUGGGAUCAGAGGCGAAGGAGAUAACGACGUCUCGACUACUGCACCGCCUCGGAUAACGUCUUACCUGUUCCUCCCGCCUAACGAGAGUAAUUCCAGCCGAUCGGUAACUCCGCCGGCCGAUAACUUCCUUCCGCCGAGUCAAAACUCUCUGGUUCUAUUCUCGAGGUUGAAGGACGCCGCCAAGGACAAGAGUUCCUUCGGUGCACCGGCGAGGAACUACGGCGAGCCGGGGAUCGGCGUCGUGGACUACGACGUCCAGGUGACCGGUAACGACUGCGAGAAAGCCGGCUCUUCCGAGAGGAUCAAUUACGAUCCGAGGCUACAGGCUUCGCCGAAUCUCGUUUACGAUCCGAAAUACGGUUUGAUCGGCGGUAAUGGCCUGUACCCCGGAAGUGGGUUCAAUCCUGGAUCUGGUUACAAUCCGGUGGGCGGGUAUCCGGGUACCGGGUUCAAUCCGUCCGGGAGUUAUCCGGGUUAUCCCGAGUACCCGACGGCUGGUUAUAAUCCAGGAUACAAUCCGGGUUACAACCCGGGUUACAACCCAGGUUACAACCCAGGUUACAACCCGGGUUACAACCCAGGUUUCAACCCAUCGAUCGGCGGAAACGCUUGGGGUACCGGGAUCGCGGGUCAAAACGGCGAGUGUUGUCAGGUCCAGUCAUCCCGAAGGUUCGCGAUCGUCAGUCCCGGAUUUCCCAGCGGCGCGUCCACGCCCUACUCCUGCAGAUACACCAUCACCAAAUCAUCGCCUGACGUCUGUCGUCUGAGGCUAAACUUCCGCUUCUUCAACUUCGGUUCCGACGACCCCUACUGCAGUUCCGGCUUCGUCGACAUCGACGGCCGUCGCUACUGCGGCUGCAAAACCGGCCAGACUUACCAGCUCCUGUUCACGGACUACAUCGCCAAGACCAUCAGCGUCAGCCAGUCUGGCUACCCCAGAAGCCGGUUCAACGGCUUCCUCAUCGACGUCGUUCAAGAGUCCUGCGGAGGUGUCACCAUUCCAACCUAUCCCUACGAAUCGAUCGAUCCGAUCUAUCCCGGUUACGGCUACCUUCAGAGACGAUAUCAACGCAACGCCACGACUAGCGAGAGGGAAAAAAGAGACCUGGGCUACAGCUACGCCAAGCCCGGUGUGCCCUUCAAUCACGAGCGUAUCUUCGGCGGUAAUAGCUGUCAGAAUCGCGUAUUCAUCGACUGGGCUAUCGCCUCGAAAGAGGCCAUUCUCCGGAACGCUAGAUGCGGAGGAUUUGGUUUCCCGGGUAUUACCGCGCGUCUGAGUCAUCCGGACAAUAGCGAGGAAGAUAUCGAGGACGCCUGCGAAGACGUCAACGUCAGCCAGGGCGUCGUUAAGUCGCCGCUUUAUCCUAAUAAUUACCCGGACAACACGAAGAUAUGCUACAGGUUCAACCGAUCGCCCGACACCUGCCAACUCGAGCUCCACGUUCGGGAUUUCGAUCUCGAAGACAGCCUGGACUGCGCCAAAGACCAUCUGUCCUUCAGCGAUGACGGGAGAAAGUACUGCGGAAGUUCUUUAAACGAUCACAGAAGUAUGUUUGACUUGACGCGAAGAAAUUCCGCUGUGGUUUACUUUGCCGCCGACUCCCAUGGGACAGGAAGAGGUUUCGAAAUCGCUUUCUCGCAGCUGCCUUGCGAGGUGUCGGCGAAUCUUUGAAGGAUUUGUUUCGCUCUUUGUACAUAAUAUAUGUAUUAUUAUGCGCAUGUGUGUGAGUUUGAGGAGGUUCAAAUGAAUGAGAGCCGCCGUGUCUGCAAACAAUAAAUUUUUUUAUUUUUCUAACUCUAA